AUGGACACAAUUUCACCUCCGCCUAAACUGAGCCACCUCUUCACUCUCCGAUGUGCGGUUGAUACACCCAUGGAGAUCGGACAUGGGCCCUACGGUCGGCGUCGUUGUGUGCCUAUCAUGUCGGGGGUGGUUAGUGGCCCGCAUUUGAAGGGGGAGGUUGUUCCUGGAGGGGCGGAUUUCAUGAUUGUGGAAGAGGAUCAGACUACUCAUGUGAACACGAAUUAUGUGAUUAAGAGCGACGAUGGAGCGUUCAUUUAUAUUCGCACGGAGGGAACACGGGCUGGGCCGCCUGAGGUGCUUAAAGCGCUUAUGGAGGGUGGGCCGGUUGAUCCUAGUCAGUAUUGGUUCCAUCUUCAUGUUCGUAUUGAGACCGGUCACGAUAAAUACAAGUGGAUGAAUGAUCGGGUGAUUGUUGGACGGGCGACACGGGCAAAGGGGGAGGUCGCGUACGAUGCGUAUUUCUUGGAGAAUAGUCCAUGA